CUCGCGUGUAGUUGUUCCUCUCAGCCAACGUUUCAGGUUCGGCGGAAUAAAGCGGACAGUGUGGUUCAAUAGAGUCCACACACGCGCGCGCGCACACACACGCACGCGCGGCGGUCCCGCAGCCCGGACAGGUUCACGGACUUUUACUUCAAGGCGACGGAACAAGAUUCGGCCGUCGGGAGUUUUCUCUUUUCUUUCCCACCGCCGCUGUUUUUUCAAGGAUCGAGACAGGACGCCGGAAGAGUGUCUGGGGUUUACCCCGGUGUCAGGAGAUGACAGCCAGUACGGCGAACUACCUGUGGUCUCUACAGGAUGUCCUCGGACAGGGAGCCACUGCGAACGUCUACAAAGCACGCAACAAAAGGACAGGUGAGCAGGUAGCAGUGAAGGUGUUUAACCUGAUGAGCUACAGCCGUCCCCACGAGGUGCAGAUGAGGGAGUUUGAAAUGCUGAGGAAACUUGACCACAGCAACAUUGUCAAGCUGUAUGCCGUGGAGGAGUUGCCCUCUAAACAGAAGGUGUUGGUGAUGGAGUAUUGUUCUGGGGGCAGUCUGCUGAGCCUGCUCGAGAAUCCAGAGAACGCCUACGGCCUACAGGAGACAGAGUUUCUCAUUGUGCUACAGUGUGUAGUGCACGGGAUGAACCACCUGCGGGACAACGGGGUGGUACAUCGGGACAUAAAGCCGGGCAACAUCAUGCGGCAGGUCAGGGAGGACGGCAGGUCCAUUUACAAGCUGACUGACUUCGGAGCGGCUAGGGAACUGGAGGAUGAUGAGAAGUUUGCGUCCAUCUACGGAACCGAAGAGUAUUUGCAUCCAGACAUGUAUGAGCGUGCCGUGCUGCGUAAGCCCCAGCAGAAGGUGUAUGGGGUGAGUGUCGACCUGUGGAGUAUUGGAGUAACAUUUUACCACGCUGCCACCGGUAGACUUCCCUUCGUACCAUACGGAGGACCCCGCAAGAACAAAUCCACCAUGUACAAGAUAACAACAGAGAAGCCUUUGGGGGCAAUAGCAGGAACACAGAGGGUAGAAGACGGACCUAUAGAGUGGAGAUACCACCUACCUCACUGCUGUCAACUGUCACAGGGUCUGAAGGCCCAGCUGGUUCCAGUGCUAGCAGGUAUACUGGAGGCUGACCAGGAGAGGUGUUGGGGUUUCGAGCUGUUCUUUAAGGCCACCACAGACAUCCUGCAGCGGGAGCCUAUUCACCUCUUCUCCCUGCAGCGGGCCGCCGCGCACUGCGUCUACGUACGUCACUACGACAUGGUGUCUGUCUUCUUUGAGGAGGUGGCGUCUCAGACCGGUGUGGCGGUACAGAAGCAGCACUGGCUCUAUAUGGGCCAUGACCUCCUUCUGGAGAAGAACAUGAAGGUGAUCAACCUCCCCCCGACCUCCCUCUCCCAGCCCCUCAUACUGCUCAGCCAGGGGCCAGACACAAAUGUCAGCCUACCUUAUAAAGAGCCGGAGGCCCCUGUUAUCCCCUCCAGGUUUGACGUCACAACAGACUACAACUUCACCAAGGUAAUAGUAGGCGUGGUCCACCAGUAUCUCAGGAUAGUACACCUCCUGCAUGCACACCAACAGCUGCUACUGCAGGGGUACUACAGCUACAUCAUGAAGAUGCGUCAGGGGUGUGGAACCGCCAUGCUCCGCAUCACCAUUAUCAGCAUGAGACUGCUGACCUGCCUCGGCUCAGAGCGUCGAUUACACACUCUAGGUCGAUAUUCUCCAGAAACACCUGGCUUGGCAGACAGCAGCAAGAAGCUGAGGCUGAUCCAAGAGCACCUUCCAGCCUACACUGCCGGCAUCCAGGAGUUCCAGAGCCGGCUGGACCGCCUGCACAUAGAACACGCCAAACUGGCGGAGAGUCUGGUUCAUGAUAAGGACUGUCAGAAGAUGGAGGUGUUGCUAGAGAAGAUAAAGGCAAUUCAUCAACACUACCACAAGGACAAAUUCAUUGGCAAACUGAUGUACAAUGAUGAGCAAAUUCACAAGUUUGAGAAAAUCCAACUGUCGUCCCACAUAAAACGUGUCAAGUCUCUGUUCAGAGAGAACUGUGUGCAGAAAUACAAGGACCUUCUGGCAUCGACGAGGACGUGGAGCAGUGUUCUCCUGGAGCUGCACACCCGUUUGGAAGAAUUCAUCUCAUUCUCCAGAGACCUGUUGGCGGACCUGGGAGUGUUUGAGGAGUGCCAUAAUCAGGCUUUGGACGGUGCACUCCUCACCCUGCAGAGUAACACGACGGGGGACAGGGCACGAGACCCAUCCAAGGACCAUAUAGUCUCCAGGAUGAAUCAUCUGAAGGAGGAAAUGGAGAGUUUAGUCCGGGAACUACAGUGUAACAACAACAUCAUAGAGAGGUCCGUUUGUUUGGGAGAAGUGAACUCUGUUGGAGCACUGGAGUCUGGUCUGGCCAGGCCUUCCACAUUGUGACCAGAGUCCACCUUUGCAUUCUAACUUAUCACACACACACACACAGAUGGACACAUGCAUGCACAAAAUGCAUUGCUUUGACUUGCUAGCCCAGUCUUAACUGUCUCCUUGCGUGGCUGACCCGCCUUGUUUAAGAAGAGCCUGUAAAUCUCAGAUAUACGCCUCGUAUAAACAGCCCCUCAUAUGGUACAAGAACAGGUUUUGUCUCUCUUUAAUGUAUGUGCAAGAGCCAACCAAUAGCGCAAGACAACCUAUUGGUUGCGAGUCACAAUGCAGAGAUAAGAUGCAAAGAAUGGGAAGCAGGAAAUGCUGCAACAGGGAAGCUUUUUCAGAGAGAGAGAGAGAGAGAGAAGGGGAGGGGAAGGAAGAGCCCUAUACAGCAGUUCAAUACAAACCUCAUUAAUUCCUUUAGUGUUAUUGUAUUUCUCAUAGGCUGCCAUAGUGAAGGACUGUUAUGGCAGAACAGACAGAAUCUUUGCUCAGCUCUGAGAAAGGUCUGUUGUUGCAGUGCUUCUCUCUUGUCCCAUGACAGCAGUUCUGGAGAACUUCAUCCAUCCAUUCGAUCCAUUGUCCAAGCCACUUAUCCCGAUCGGGGUCGCGGGAUGCUGGAGCCUAUCCCAGCAGUCAUUGGGCAGCAAGCUGGGAGACACCCUGGACAGGCCGCCAGGCCAUCACAGGGCCGACACAUUCCCACCUAGGGACAAUUCAGUACGGCCGAUUCUCCUGACCUACAUGUCUUUGGACUGUGGGAGGAGGGAGUCCCCCAGAAACUUUCCUGCCUAAAUGUCUUCAGGCACCGACUUCAGUCCUUACAAAAACUAGUGGGUGCCUGAAACUGUCCCGUGAUGUCACAAACCCAGCCACCCCUCAACAUCUCGUCCUGCAAAAUAAGUUUGACGCUUCAUCGUGGGAUUCCUGGACACCCGUCUGUAGCUCCUGGGCUAAAAACCUGGCUUGAUCCAGCGUGCUGUCAUCGUCCGGCAGUUGCCUUCGGUAGAGGAACCGCACCACACCGCGGCUAGCUUGUAAAUGAUAAAUCCACAAGAUUGAUAUUGACCCAGUGAUGCUGAAUAGGUCACUGUCUUUGUUUGUUUGUUUGUUUGUUUGUUUGUUUGUUUGUUUGUUUGUUUGUUUGUUUGUUUGUGGAGUUAAUCCACUCUGCCAUUCCUGGAGGGGUACAGUAUUCAGAAGGUGUCACGUGAUUUCAUGUCAUGGAUGGCUUCAGACGUGUCACCGAGUGACUGGUUGAUGGAAUCGUUGCUGGUCAGCAUCUGGAAAGCGUACAGUCAGUCCGCAAGCUUUCAAGUCAUAACGCGUGUCUCGCUUUCUGUUGAUGUUUAACUCGAGUUUUGAUUGUGUUGUGCUCGUCGUAUUCCGUAUUCACGUGCGGAGGUUAGCGGCGAGGGGAAGCCACGAGGGGAAACUCAGCGGUGACCACAAGCGUCCCCUGCCAAGCAGAACCGGUUAAUGUCAACUCUGUCUGUUGACGGUACAGUGAAAGGGUGUGGGGACAAUAUGACUGUUGUUUUCAGUUCAUGUUCAAAUGGUGUUGACAUUUUAGUCAGUGUGUGUGUGUGUGGGGGGGGGCAUAAUUUGAGUAGGCUGGUGGUAGAUUUCACAGAACACGGGGAAACAAGCGAACAUGACAACAUUGCGCAAUUAAGAGCCUCUGAACAUGACAGUUGAGCUUUGGGUUGAAAUUCUCUGCGUUUCUUCAGGGGGGUUUUCUGCCUCGCUGAGGGGAGGGAGGUAGAUUUUUCACUUUUGGCUUUUGUGUAUUGUGGCGUGACGCGUUCUUCGCAAGGUGGAAAUUUUGAUCGCCGCCCUCACGCUAGCCUGCACAAACAACUGUCAUGUUUUCCUUUGUUUAGACAACCCCCCACGGCUUUGCCAAAGUCGUCCAUACGGUAUGCGGAUACCUGUAUAUCACACAUAUGGCACACUGGGUAGCUCUUGUUUUCAAAUAUCAGAACACUGACGGAUCAAGAAAACUCCCCAAAACACAUGCAAAUCAUCACGGUCGAUAAAUACACCGUGCAACACCAGCCCCCGCCCUCCCCCCCGUUGACUCACAUUAUUGCAAAAAAAUGUUCUUCUUCUGGCAAAAAUGUUGUAUUGAUGCAGAGCUAUAUCAUUUAUUUUCUGAGCCUGGGCUGCUCCGGUGGCGUCUGGACACCGCUUGGCAUCCCCCUCGUCAUAUUCGCCAUAUGUCUUAUAAUACUGUCGUCCUCUUUCGAUGCUGUAUUCUGUAAAUUGUGUACACACCGUAUCCAUUGCACGUCUGUCCAUCUUGGGGGAGGGGUCCCUCCUCUGGGGGCUCUCCCCGAGGUUUCUCCCUAAUUUUUUUUCCCUCCCUGUUAAAGAUUUUUUUUUUUUUUUUUUUUUUUUUAGGGAGUUGUGCCUUAUCCGAUGCGAGGGUCUAAGGACAGGAUGUUGUGCUGCUGUAAAGCCCCCUGAGGCACAUUUGUAAUUUGUGAUAAUGGGCUGUACAAAUAAAACCGACUUGACCCCUGU